AUGGUCUGUAAAGUAGCACCGAGGGACCUCACUCCCACGCACAGAAAUGUCAACAAUGAAAAUCAGGACCAGAAUUUGGGAGUUGCAGACUACGAGACGGCUUUGGACUUAGCCGGUUACGGGCGGUUCAGCAGAAGUGUCCUGGGCGCAUGCGCCUGCGCAUUCUUCACCACUGGGGUCCAGAACUGCGUGAUGUCGUACGUGCUGCCAGCUGCGAGGUGUGAACUGCAGCUGACUACGUACCAAGCGGGCCUGGUCAACAUGGCCUUCAUGAGCGGUGGCGUGGCGAGCGCUUUCUUCUGGGGCAUCGUGGCGGACGUGUUUGGACGCCGCAAUGUUCUCAGCCUGACUCUCCUCAUAGACUCAGCGAUUCUCCUAGCCCAGAGUACGGUUUCCGACUACAGGAUUUUGCUCGCCGCGAGGACUAUUAAUGGAUUUCUGAUUGGUGGACCCUCGACGAUCGUGUUCACCUAUUUAUCAGACCUUGUUGGCGUGAAGAGACGUCAGCUGUACCUUAAUAUCACUGGGAUGAGCUUCGUGGCGGCGUGGCUUAUUCUACCAGCUGUCGCUUGGCUGGUGAUACCUUUCAAGAUAGAGAACUACCAGUCGCUGCUGCCCAUUCAGUCCUGGCGACUGUACCUGGCGCUUGGCAGCAUACCUGGUUUCCUAGCCGGGGUGUGGGUCCUCUUCCUGCCCGAAAGCCCCAGACUUCUUUGCGACACCAACAGGAGCGAGAAGGCGCUAAAUCUCUUGGCCAAAAUCCAUAAGAGCAAUGUGGGUUCGGCCGGCGAAUUUAAGAUAAAGAAGUUAAUAGUGGACAACCUUUUCGUGGCGAAAACUUUGAACGGCGAUGAGAACAGAACGAAAGCCCUAUUUAUUGGCGUCCUGAAAGAUCUUAAGACGUUCGUUUCGAAGAGUUACGCCUGGAAGUCCACCUUGAUACUGUUUGUGUUCUUCGCCAAUAUGGCCGCUGGCUUCGGCCUUAAUCUUUGGAUACCGGAGUUACUCCUUCGGAUGCAGGGGAAGGAAUGCACGAACCGUAUCUCAAAUAUCCCCGAAAGCGCCAAGCUGUUCAAUUCAAGCAACAUAGAGUGGAAGGAACUAACCAAGAGCCGUGAUGCUUACCGAACAGUCUACGAACGGUUCAACGGUACCCUGUUUGAAGUGGUCGGCUCUGGAAGGGGAGGCAGCAGAUGUGAAGAGAACAUUGACAGUGCUGUCUUCACUUCCGGCCUUAUAGUCGGCGCGUGCUGUGUGCUUGGCAACGCGGCGUGCGCGCUCCUCAGCGGGAGGGGAGGGGCCCGGGGGGUGCAGCGCGCGGCGGCCGCGUGCGCGCUGGCAUGCGCCCUGGCAUGCGCAUGUCUGGCGGCAAGCGCAUGUUCGUGCGCCACGUCCAGCAAGGUGGCGGUGGCAGCGGCGGCCGCUUUGAACGCUGCCUCCCUGAAUGGCAACGUGCUGCUGAUCAGGCUACUGCUGCACGCGCUGCCGGCCAAACUGAGCGGUCUGGGCGUUUGCUGGGGUGCCUGGUGGGGGCGGGCUGGUGGUGUCGUCUCAAAUCUGGCAGUCGGAGUGCUCCUCGAUUAUUCCUGUCCCGCACCGUUUAUUUCGGUAGCAGCUCUACUCACUAUUUCAAUCGGUGCCAUAAUGAUGAUCAAGCUGGAUGCGAACGAAGAAUCCGACACGGAGAGGGCCGAGCAGGAUAUGGAGAAGAGUUCCGGGUUCGAUCGCUACAUCUCGACUCACAUG